AUGAAUAUCACACAACAAAUGAUGUUAGAUUGGUUUAAUAGCCAGAAAAAUACCGCUUCAGAACAGGAGACGCUGCUUCUGCAGAUUAACAAGACCAAUUGGAAAUGGGAAAGGAUUGCAAGGCAAUUUGGCACCAGUUACAUUGCCCUUGGAAUGCUAUCAAUCAUUAUUAACACGGUAAUUUUCACCUGCAUUAUUCUGCGGCGACGGAACACUUUUUCCCACGUGUUCUACGUGAUUAUUUUGAACUUUACCGUAAUCGAUACGAUAAAAGGUAUCUGCUCUAUUCUUUUCGCGUUAAAACUCCUCACAUCAAAUAUGUCGAUGGAUUCAUCGUCUUGGACGGUCAAGGUAGACCAGUAUAGUGGAGUCCUGUUAAGAUUUACAAAUCUCACUUCGAUAUUAAAUGUACUCCUCAUUACUAUGAACGAGUUCAUUUUUAUUUGUUAUCCGUUGAGAUAUUCAACUUUGGUUACAAGGACCCGUAUACUUGUAGCAAUUGUUUCAAGUUGGCUUCUCGCUUCAAUUCUCACCCUAGUCAACAUGCUCACUAACGUAAGGCAUAGAAGUGUGAUGAUCGAUGCUGAAUGUCUCGAAAAAGAGGACGUUGAAAACUGCAUUUGGCAUCAAACAGCCUCGUUAUCGCACUAUUUCGUAUUUCACUUGUUUGUUAUUGCAUUUUGUUUAAUUGGAUUGGCGAUCACCGCUGGAUGCUACGCGUAUCUAUUUAAUGUCAUAUCGAAAAUAUUAAAGAAGGAUGCAAAAUUUCAGGCAGAAGUUGACCUGCUUAAAGAAGAACAUUCUCAUCACAAGAGCAUUGCUCGACGCCGAAAAUAUGUGAUAAUCAUUGGAAGUGUGAUUGUGGUUUACUCGGUUUACCUCACCACAUACGCCAUUAUUCAAGGAAUGCAGCUGUAUAAUAUUUCCAGAGGUUCUACACACUCUAGUAACUUUUUUAUUUUGACGAAAUACAUUUGCUAUGGAAUUUUGUCGCUUCAUUCACUUCUUCAACCGCUUUGCUUCAUGAGAAUGAAAGAAUUCAGAAAUAUUUUAAAGCGAACAAUCUGCGCGCCUUUUCGUCGUGAAACCUAUCAAUCUGGAGAUGGUACAAAGCGGGUUUUAUUCCAGCCAACCGAUAUUUAA